UUUUUUAACGGAGGGGGGCGUGGAUUUGGUUGCGGGCGAGCAGUCGCUGGUUUUGUCAGUAGAUAACAGAAGCAGUGAUAAUUUGGCUGCGGUGAGUUACGCGGCUGCACUUCGGUAUUGACACUCGCGGCGUUGCUUUGCCUGGCUGCUUUGGACUGAUUUGUGACAAAAAGUAGUGGCUAAAAUUUAAAAUAUUUUAUUGGAGAGGAUCUGUCCAACAUGUCUGGAGUGAAGAAGCCUGUCCUGUUUCAGCUUUGGGAGGAAGAUGAGUGCCUGGAAUACUAUGGCAUGCUUUCCCUUCAUCGCAUGUUUGACAUAGUUGGUUCACAGCUAACACAAAAUGAUAUUGAUGCCCUAUCUUUCCUGCUGCAUGAAACCCACCCCUUCACCCACCCUUUGGAUCCCCAGCUAUGGACAGCUGAAGAAGAGGCUGGUGAAGCAACGCCUAACCGUGCCUUGCUAUCAGCUUGGCAAAGGUGGCAUUGUGCUAGUAGGACACUUAAUGAGAAUAAUUUGGAUUCUCCAGAUCUCCUGCGACCCAAGGAUGGGACCGAGCUACUGCUUGAACUUGAGAGAAGAGGAAAAUGUGACGAAAGCAAUUUUACACAUCUCUUGCAACUGUUGCGUGUAUUAACACGUCAUGACCUUCUCCCAUAUGUUUCCAUGAAAAGACCCCGUGCAGUAUCCCCUGAGCGGUAUACGCAUGGUCCGUCUGUUUUGGAUUCUGACAAGCAAAUGGAUGGAUGUCUUAACCCAACCCCUACAGAGACCAGAGAGGAAAACUGGGAAACAGGGUCUACCUCCAGCAAAAGAAAGCGAGGUGGAACUCAAAAGAGGGGUCAUUGCCCCAAAUCAAAGAGAAAUAAAGUGGGCAACACUCCUUUGCAGAAUCCGACUAACCAGAGCAAAGUAACAUGUGGAAUACGUUUGCGUGUUCGAGCAGAGUAUUGCCAACAUGAAUCAGUCUUGAGUCAAAAUGUGCUAUCUGUCAAACAGAACCCGUUAGAGAAGCAGUUUGAUCUGUUCAGCCAGUCAAACACGGUUCUGAAAUCCCGGGACCUUGGCUCUAUUAUUUGUGACAUCAAGUUCUCAGAGCUUUCCUACCUGGAUGCAUUCUGGACUGAUUAUAUGAAUGGUUCCCUGCUUGAGGCCCUGAAAGGGGUUUUCAUCACAGAUUCUCUUAGAGAGGCUGUGGGACAGGAAACCAUCCAGCUCUUGGUCAAUGUAGACGAAGAUGAUUAUGAAGAAGGUCGAAGACUUCUGCUAGACCACGUAUCUCAACCAUAUGACUGAACAUCUGCUGUGUAUACUCUCCAGAACGUGGGACUUGAUGAUAUGCUCUUGGGAGAGCAAACGCAUCUUACUGUACCUGCUGGUUUUCAGGAAUACAGACACUUUAAAGUUUCAAUAGGCAUUUAGGAGUUAUUUCCCAUAGCCUUCUAAAAUCGAAGGGUGCUGUCCGUUAUGAAAAGUUCAGUAAUUCAUAAAAGAUGGUUUACUGGGGAGGAAACUGAGUAAAAACUAUAUAAAUACCAA